GCUGAUCAACAGGGACCCCAGCCGCAGCAGCAGCAGCUAUGAGUUUAACUGCAGCAGUUUCUGGAUUUAUUGUCCUUCUUCUCUCUGCAGGUAGAGUUGACUGUGAGGCAGACCGUCCUCUGUUAUUAUCUUGAAUAAGUGAAGUACUGAGCAUCAUUGAAUAACAGAAAAAUAUUAAGCUGCUUAGAUUAGAAGCUGUAGAUUCUUCAAUAAAGAAUAGAAAGUUGAGGAUUAGCUGAGAGAGUUUUAAUAGUUGAAUAACAAUAUAUGUUUUCUUGUUUGUAUGUAUUUAGUUUAGUUUAGAGGCUGUUCUCGCCAUGAUUGUGAAUUAUAAGUCAGUCGUGAGUGAGAGAAGAGGGAGGAUUAAGAACAGAAGACUUGGAGGGUGUAAGCAGGAAACAAAUACGAAGUUUCAGACUCUAAAGGAACCUUUCCUUCAGUGAAGUCAGUCUACUGAUGCUGUAGUGAUCCUGGUUUUAGUUUCUGAUGCGCUCUGUGUUUCAGUGGUUCAGGGUCAGAACGGCUGGGGAGUGACUUACACCUUCACUAACGCCUGUGCUCAAGAAGGAUCUACAGUGGUACUAAGCUGCUCCUACACACACCCAUCCACAGGAAAUGGACAACAGUAUACAGUCCAGAAAUCAUUCUGGUUUACCAAGGUGAAGGGUGGAGAAGCUGUAGAUCUGACUGCAGACUCUGCGUACAGAGGUCGGGUGAUGUACUCAUGUAAAGAGACGAACUGCAGUCUGAUGAUCACAGACCUGAGAGAGAGCGACUCAGCUGAGUACAAGUUCAGGUUCAUCACGAACCAACCUGGUGGGAGAUAUAUUGGUUAUCCUGGAGUCAGUUUGUCUGUCAAAGGUAAGAUUUUGUUUACAUCUCAGAUCAUCUCCAUCUAAAAUAACAACAGCUGAAAUGUUUUUAAUUUGUUUUUAUGUGUUUUAAAGCGCUGAUGGAUCCAGGUCUGCAGGUAAAGGUGAGCAGAUAUACUUUGUCUGAGUGGGCACAUCUGAAGUGUCACAACAGUUGUCCUCUGCCUCCUCGUUCCUCCUACAUCUGGUACAAAAACGGAGAUGAUAAUCAGGCUGAGAACUCAUCCUCGUACUCAGACUACUUUAACUCUGCAGACAGUUAUUCCUGCGCUGUGAAAGGACACAAGGAAUUCCCCUCUCCUCCAGUCUGUGAGUUCACUUAUAGAUCCACUGCUGAUUUAACAGCCUCUGGUGAUGGAGACCUACCCCGAAUUUCCACCACAUCCGGAAUGGCGGUGAUUUUCGCCAUCCACCAAUUCCUACCGCAUCCUUUUGUGAGGUGAAAUCUGUGGCGGAAUACAGACAGCAGUAAUCGCAAGAACUCACAAGAACCCGCGGAUUCACGUUCAAUCACACGAUAAAGAGUUGUCUCUAUAAAGACGGACACAUAGACAUAUAAGCAGUAGAUUGUGUCCUUCCAGAGGAGAAAAUCUACUUCUAGAAUCAGCAUCUCCUCAUCCACGGUGUCAACAGGGUGAAAUGACGUCUAAAAACCUUUCACUUGUUCAUAUCCGCCCGUUUGCAACACAAAGUGUUUUAUUUUGAAAAGAAGCCGGAUGUUUUAUUUUGCAUCUGUGCCCGACUUCCUUUCCAGCAGGUUAAUCUGUGCUGAUUUUAUUCGGCAUGCUCCGUUCGGAAAAAAUAGAAUUCUUGUGAUCAGCUGAGGAGUCUGGCGAUCGGUGGAUACGGCCUUUUCGUAACCGUUCAGGAUGAAGGUGGAAAUUGGGGGUUAGAGACCUUGAAACAACUCGGUUUAUCAAACAGACACGAUCUCUCUUUCCUCCAGGUGUUUUUGGACGUUGGUGUAACAGGGUGACGUACUCUAAGAGAAGGAUCUGUGCGCUCGAAGGAUCGUCCGUGGACAUUCCUUGUACUUACACCAGUCAAAAACCGAUCACGUCAAAGUUCUGGUUCAGGCCUGGACUCAGUGACCAACCUGAGGACCUAAAAGAAGACCCCCAGUAUUCAAGUCGUGCUCAGGUCUUGGAAACAGAGAGAGGACGCUCCACUCUGAGGAUCUCUGACCUGAGAGAGAGCGACUCAGCAGAGUACGGGUUCAGAUUCACUUCAGGAAGUUUUGGAUGGAGGAGCAGGUUACCUGGAACAACUCUGACUGUCACAGGUACUCAUGGACACAAAAGUAGGAGGGUCUUUUUUCCAUCACACACAAGUGCCUCAAUACUGCCCCCUGGCUACUGUCAGGAGGAGUACACAGGCCCUUCAUGUGCCUCCAGGAGGUGUACCUGUUGUGUGACUUGUUUGAAAGCAGAGAUGGUGACCGUGUUUCUCGUCUCCUUGUGCAGCUUUACAGGUUCAGGUGACUAAGAUCACAGCUGGAGGCUCUGACACUCAGGUAGAGCUGAGGUGUCUCAGCAGCUGCAGUCCAGCCGCUGGUCUGUCUUACGUCUGGUUGAAGAAUGGACAGAAAAUCCCAGAGGAGGAGACGUCUUCUUACACAGGCUGCUUUUCUCUGGGAGAGGAAAUCUGCUGUGCUGUAAAAGGACAUGAAGGAUUGUCCUCUCCUCCAGUCUGUGAGUUUCAUCACAAACACACAAGUCGACUGACACACUUCUGGGAUCGAUAAAGAUAACACAUGUUGAGAUCUUCCUCAGAUGCUCCAAAGGAUCCCUCAGUGUCCUCCAGCUCCUGCGCUGAGAUAGUGGAGCAGAGUUCAGUGACUCUGACCUGCAGCAGUGAUGCUAACCCAGCUGCUAACUUCAGCUGGUACAAGAAGAACCAAGAUUCAGACUUCGAGCCUUUCGGUGAAGAAGCUCAGCUGGUCUUCAGCUCCAUCCAGCCCUCUGACUCUGGAGAGUUUUACUGUGAAGCUGAGAACCAGCUGGGAAAGAGGAGAUCGGAGCUCUUCAGCGUCUCAGUGAAAUGUGAGUAGGAGACGAUGAUAAAUCUGAGUUUGUUCUGACUUUACUGAUCCAACUCAUGACUAACACAUCUUCUCCAGAUGCUCCGAAGCUUCCCUCGGUGUCAGUGAGUCCUUCUGCUAAAAUCGUGGAGGGCAGCUCAGUGACUCUGACCUGCAGCAGUGAUGCUAACCCUGCGGCUAACUUCAGCUGGUUCAAGGAGAGUGAGGACUCACCAAAAGCUUCAGGACAGACCUUCAUCAUCACCAACGUCAGCACAGAACACAGCGGGAAUUAUUUCUGUGAAGCUGGAAACACAAGGGGGCGCCAUAACUCCACCUUCCUCCUGAUUAUGGUGGCAGGUAGGUGUGACAGACCUCCUUUAUGAGUCUAUCAGGCUCUGAGGAGUUGAUCUGCUGACCUUCUCUUCCUGUUGUAGACCAAUCAUCUCUGAUCAUCAGCGCCAUAAGGCUGACUCUGGCCGCUGUCAUCCUGACCGUCAGUCUUCUCAUUUGUCUGAAGAUGAGGUAAAACUUAAACAAGCUUCAAUCAUUUGACUUGAUGGUUUUGGGAUUUGAGUUCAACUGUUAUCUGCGUUUCUUCAGGACAAAGAUGUGUCUGAGCUCUGACACUGAACCUGAGGAGACCAUCGAGGUGAAACAGACGCUGGAGCACACUCACACACUUCAUGGGUACAUGUUAUUACAAAUACAGUGGAUCUUAAUGUCCAUUUAUGAUGACUUCUGAUUCUCAUAGUUGGACAACAUCAUCACCUCAACCUUGAAGACCCUGCAGCCCAGGCAGGAGGAUCAGGAGCCCCCUGAGUGAAGGUCAGUCAGGUUUAAACCUGGAGUAUAUAAAAACUAGAAAAGCACUCGGA